GGGUUGGUAGCUGUACAUAGUGCCCCAUAGUGUAACUCUUCACACUCUCUCUGUCUUUCUUCUAUUUUUAUACAUUUUUUACUUGUGCCACUGAGACAGUGGUCGGAGUCUCUUCUUCAACAAAACAAACCGUCUGGUUGGAAGUCUUCUCUGAGAAGACGCCUGUCAAUAUGAACUUUCUCAGGGGAGUGAUGGGAGGGCAGGCUGCCGGGCCGCAACCCACCGGAGCUGAGACGAUCCAGAAGUUGUGUGACAGGGUUGCUUCCUCAACACUCCUGGAGGACCGAAGGGACGCUGUCCGGGCCCUCAAAUCCCUUUCUAAGAAAUACCGCAUGGAAGUUGGCACACAGGCCAUGGAUCACCUGGUUACCAUAUUGCAGACUGACAGAUCUGACUCUGAAAUCCUUGGCUAUUCUUUGGACACACUCUACAACAUCAUCUGCAAUGAUGAGGAAGAAGAACAAGAUGAAUCAGAAGAUGAGAAUACCCAGAAGCAGACAGACGACCUCUGCGCCCUGUUUACAGAGAAGUUCCUUCAGGAUCCUGAGCGAAUCACGCUGCUCCUCACCCUUCUGGAGGAGUUUGACUUCCACGUGCGUUGGCCUGCGGUGAAGUUGCUGACGGCUCUUUUGAAGAGUCAAGGCGCCCAAGUGCAAGGCAUCAUUCUCGUCAGCCCCAUGGGUGUUUCCAGAUUGAUGGACCUGUUAGCAGACUCCAGAGAAGUAAUUCGCAAUGAUGGCUUACUGCUGCUCCAGCAGCUAACCAGAGGCAACGCAGCCAUUCAGAAAAUCGUGGCUUUUGAGAACGCCUUUGAACGCCUCCUAGAUAUCAUCACGGAGGAGGGCAGCAGCGAUGGAGGUAUUGUGGUGGAGGAUUGUUUGUUGUUGCUGCUCAACCUGCUAAAGAACAACAGCUCUAACCAGAACUUCUUUAAGGAGGGCUCUUACAUCCAGAGAAUGAAGCCCUGGUUUGAGGUUGGGGAUGAUAACUCUGGCUGGUCCGCACAGAAGGUCACUAACCUCCACCUCAUGCUGCAGCUGGUGCGAGUGAUGGUGUCUCCAGUGAACUCCCCUGGAGCUACAGCGAGCUGUCAGAAGUGCAUGUUCCAGUGUGGCUUGUUGCAACAGCUGUGCACCAUCCUCAUGGCCACCGGUGUGCCCGCCGAUAUCCUAACAGAGACUAUAAACACAGUUUCGGAGGUGAUCAGAGGCUCACAGAUCAACCAGGACUACUUUGCCUCAGUCAACGCCCCUUCAAGCCCUCCACGACCAGCCAUCGUGGUGCUGCUCAUGUCCAUGGUGAAUGAGAGGCAGCCGUUUGUGCUUCGUUGUGCAGUUCUUUACUGUUUCCAGUGUUUCCUCUACAAAAACCAGAAGGGUCAGGGGGAGAUCGUGGCUACACUACUUCCCUCAACCAUCGAUGCCAAUUCUAUCUCUGCUGGUCAGCUCCUGUGUGGAGGUCUGUUCUCAGCAGACUCCCUGUCUAACUGGUGUGCUGCCGUGGCCCUGGCCCAUGCUCUCCAGGACAACCUCACUCAGAAGGAACAGUUGCUUCGAGUUCAGCUCGCUACCAGCCUGGGCAAACCUCCCGUGUCCCUGCUGCAGCAGUGCACCAACAUCCUGUCCCAGGGUGAUAAGAUCGUCCGACGGGGCAGCAAAGUCCAGACCAGGGUGGGCCUCCUCAUGCUGCUGUGCACAUGGAUCAGCAACUGUCCCAUUGCUGUCACGCACUUCCUGCACAACCAGGAUAACGUUCCCUUUCUGACGGCUCAGAUCUCUGAGAACCUGGGAGAAGACGAGAGGCUGGUGCAGGGCCUUUGUGCGCUGCUGCUCGGCAUCUGUAUCUAUCAUAACGAUAACUCACUGGAAAACUACACCAAGGAGAAGCUAAAGCAGCUGAUUGAGAAGCGCAUCGGAAAGGAGAACUUUGUGGAGAAGCUGGGCUUCAUCACCAAACAUGAACUGUAUUCGCGGGCGGCCCUAAAGCCGCAGCCCGUCUUCCCGUCGCCGGAGCAGAUGCUGUUCGACCACGAGUUCACCAAGCUGGUCAAAGACCUGGAAGGGGUGAUCACCAAAGCGGUUCACAAGUCCACCGAGGAGGACAAAAAGGAGGAAGAGGUGAAGAAGACGUUGGAGCAGCACGACAACAUCGUAACUCGAUACAAGGAGCUGAUCAGAGAACAGGAUGCUCAGAUCCAGGAGCUGAAGGAGCAGGUAGCAGCUCUGUCCUCCCAGCACGAGCAGAUGCAGGCCACUGUCGCACAGCAGCUAUCCCAGAUCCAGCAGCACAAAGACCAGUACAACAUCCUGAAGCUGAAACUAGGUAAGGAGAGUCCGAGUCAGGGGGACGGCUCCCAGCAGAACGGACUGCAGACCGAGGAGCUCUCUCAGCUCAGAGAGGAGCUGGACGAGCUCCGCAAGCAGCACGCAGUCCUGCAGACGCAACUCGCCGAGCGAGACGCACUAAUCACCACCCUGCAGUCGAGCUCCCAGACGACAGAGAGCCCGGCAGGAGGAUCAGACAACACAGAGCUGCUGCAGGAGCUGGAGGCUUUACGGAGUCAGGUUCAGUCCCAGUCGUCAGAAAUCAGUCAUCUAAAGACGGAGAGGCAGGAGCUGCUCACAAGAGCAGAAGCUGAGCCAUCUGACACGGCGCCCCCCAGCGCUUCAGCAGAACUGGAGAGCAGACUGGCAGCACAGACAUCUGAGACGGAGAAGAUGAAGAGGAGCGUGGCUGAGCUGGAGCAGCAGCUGGCUGCUUCCACGAGCACGGCGGCCAUCCUGCAGACAGAAAAGGAAAAGCUGCAGUCCGAGGUCCAGGAGUCCAAGAAGGAGCAGGACGACUUGCUGAUGCUGCUGGCGGACCAGGACCAGAAGAUCCACAGCCUCAAGAAGAGACUCAAGGACCUGGGAGAAACGGUGGAAGAUGAAGACGACCUCGACACCAAGGACCAGACGUCAGAUGAUGAUGACGAGGAGGAGGAUGAAGAUGAUAAAUAAAAAAGAAUGGAGGGAGAAAAGACUUUGCAGAAACGCAUCAGAAGAAACUCAACACUAGACACGGAAUCAGUUUCUUUCCCAGCUGUCGCGCUGUCUUCAUUUUCCUUUGUCUUGGCGCAUUACAUGCACUUGUUUUUUCUGUUAAAGUUUGCCAACAGUUCCACUUUCAGUGCCGUUUAGCAAUUUCAGUGCUUUCAUCUCAUCGACUUUAUUCAUUAUGUGGUUACGAUCGUCACAAGUUUUUUGUUCAUUCUAAAAAAACAAGUAAAUGAGCAGAAGAGUUCAUUUUAACACAGAGGGGUCGUCAUUUAGAAAGUAGAGUGCAGGUAUGAGCCCAGAUUAGAAAAGUGACGGAUGCGCCGGUGAGGAUUACCUGCGACACGCCACGCCUCUGCAUCCUGGAUUGCUCCGCCCUCGUUGUCGGAGUGACGUCAGCAUUCCAAGCAUAGAGUUGCGUUCCCCCUUCACAGCUCAGGCCAGCCGCUCUGCAACAUGCUGCAAACAUCCACCAGUCAGAGAAAUGGAUUCUUUUUGCAGCGUUCUUGUUCAGUACUGGUAUCCAGCUUCUGUAUGAUAUUGUGUAACUUAUCAAUCUACGAGCCACCUUGAAAGGAAUAAAAUAAUCUAAAUGUGG